AUGUCUGGCUUUGAUAAUUUCCGAGGAUCUGGAAACUUUGAUGGUUCUCAGAAUGCGCAAGUAACUGUUAUUGAGGAGCAGCAGACAGUGUGCCACACUGAACAAAUUGAGAUAAUUCAGCAAAAGCUGGUUGUUCUCCAAGAGAUUGCGAAGAGGCAGGUUGUUGUUCAUAUUUGCGAGGUUGAAACGCAAACCAUCGUCCUUGAACAGUUUUCGUCCGGUCUCACGGUCUUUCAAAAGGAUAUCAGUCGCACGACCACCAAGCAAGUUGGCUAUGACAAGAACGUCGCUGGUCUUGUUGGAAACCUUACGAACCCCGAUGGAUCGCUCAGCACCAGCGAUUUGGGCUUCAACGGGACUUCUGUCGGAAGCAACACUGUCGUUCCAUCUGGUUCCAAUUGGAAUAACACUCAGGGACCCGAGGCGGUCCAGAAGGCAUUGUCAGCAGCCCAGGCUGCUGCGAAUGCCACGUCUGCUUCAUAA